CCGUUUGCGUUUUGGUCCCACCCGUCUUCCGUAGUCAUAGCUAAAUCUCUUCUCAAUCCCACAUGCGCAGUGAGGUUGUGUGAGAAAAUGGCAGACGUCUCUCUGGAUGAAGUGAUACGACAGCGCCGUAUUAACCUCAAGGCUUCAGCUAAACGGCCCAUGUUUGGACGGGGUGCAGGAGGAGUGGGCAAGAGUUUCGAUGCCCGGCAGAAGAUUGGGGUGAAUGAUGUCAGACAGCGACUUGGAGGUGGAACUGGGUUUCAGGUGAAAGAUGCGAGAGAAAAGCUGGGUCAGAAAGACGCACGCUUCAAAAUCCGUGGCAGGGGAGGUGCAGGAGGUGUACAGGAUGCUCGUCAGACGAUCAACUCACGGAAACAGGGGCAGAAUCCACUCAAUGUGUCUGUUCAGACCACACCAAAGACAGCAGUGACACACCAACUACCAAGCCACACACUUGUGCCACAGAUACAGAUACACACAAACAACAAACUUGUUGGUGUAAACACAAGGCAGUUUGCCAGUGCUGUACAAGGAUUGAGUAUGAGGGGCAGCACAGUGCCUCAGCUGAGUGUUAAUAAGAGAAUGAUGGACGCUCGUGACCGGCUGAGCCUGAAGAGGAGCAUUGGAGGAGCGCAGACAGCAGCUGCGCCACCUCUGAAAAUAACCAAGACCAUCCAGCAGCGUCCAGUGGGAAUGUCAGGUGGUAUUCGUCCAGCUUCACAGCCGGCCUCAAAUGAACUUGAUGCCACCGCCGCUAAACAAAUAAAGAUCACUACUGCAAACAAUAUGCUACACUCACGGCCUGGUACCGUAGGUUCCACAUUGUCCAUGACAGCCCCAAUCACCAAGGUGGUUAAAAAUGAUGCUUAUACAGCUCCACGUCCUCCCGUCCCUGUGGCUCCCACUCGACCCAAUCCUGCCCGAUCCUCUACAGCGGCCUUACAGCCAGUCUCCAGGACCCUCCAGCAAAGCGCAGCAGAACCCAGCACAACAGCCCCUACUCCACCCCAGCCUGCAUUCAGUCCUUUGGAGGGGACCAAAAUAACGGUGAACAACCUGCAUCCCCGGGUCACUGAGGAAGACAUAGUGGAACUGUUCUGUGUGUGCGGUGCUCUGAAGCGAGCCCGGCUAGUGAAGGUGGGUGUGGCCGAAGUGGUGUUUGUUCGAAAGGAGGACGCUGUGAGUGCAUACAGGAAGUACAACAACCGUUGCCUGGACGGUCAACCUAUGAAGUGUAACCUUCAUAUUCAGGGAAAUGUCAUCACUUCAGAUCAGCCCAUUUUAUUGAGGCUCAGUGAUACUCCAGGCGCAGGCAGCAGUACGAAGAAGGACGGCUUGCCUCCCUCCUUGUCCCGUCCCACUGGUCAACGAUCCUCCUCUCAGCCCACGCCUGAAGUGGACCCUCAGACCAUCUUAAAAGCUCUGUUUAAGUCCACUGCGCAGUCCUCCACCUCCACCACCGAGCCCCCCAGCUCACAGGCCACUGCUUUUCGCAUCAAGAUAUAGCUCCUGUCUGUGAAUAUACCAUCUGUCCAUAAACACAUUGCUGCAUUCUCAUUUUUCACAUACAGAUUGUGGGUUUCACACCGACAGCAGGCAGCCUCCAUAUGAAACUGAUUUUUACACAUUUGAUAUACAUGACUACUCUAAAAAUUGGCGAAUACACAACGUCCUGUUGGUGGUUUUGUGAUAUCCAGAUGUUUCUGGUGGACCAUUGGAAAGAAGUGUUAUCUGAGCUGUUAUUUUAAUGCAAUGUGGCUGGGGACAAUGAUUUUAGGGGGUAGUUUUUUCCUUUUGUUUUUUCUGUUGAUUCAAUGCCAGCCUCUUUGGAUGUUAUUUUUAUAUAUAAUCCCCCUUACUAAAAAGAUUAGUGUUGUCAUUGCUGAAAAACAUUAUCUUUGAGCUCUCUACACCCACUUGUGUGUCAGGGAAAAUAAAUUGAUAUAUAGGCAAAUAUAAAAUGCAGUACAUUCUCAUUAGGACAAGACGGCAGAAAACCUCAGCACAACUGAGACAACUCUUCCUGGCUAAAGUAACAAAAACAGAAUAACGUGUGAUUAAAUGGAAACUGUAACAGAAUAAAGGUAACCAGUUGCUGUAUGUUUGAUUGGUUUUACCCUUCUCAUGGCAUCAUCUCUAUUCAUGGCUUUUUUUUUGGCUGUCUAGUUUGGAAACUCAACUUUUUCUAGUAUACAUUAUGAUCACUGUAUGUUAGGACCGUUGCAACCAUGAUAUGUCAGUCAAGAAGACACUAGAAAGUUCAGAUCUGUCUGUGAAAUGUUGCCAUUAAAUAUUUAGCUUUCUUAGA